AUGUCUCCGACUUCUCAACAUCUCAGACUCGAAUCCGACAUGUCAGGUGCUUUUGCCUACUUGGAUUCAAAAGAUUAUGGCUUUGAAGUUUCUGAGGUUGAUGAAGGUGAGAGUGAUGUAGAGGAAGCAUAUGGUUUUUGGCAUUUGGAUUGGUGUUUUCCGAGGAGAAGAAUUGGCUCGAAGAUCUUGAAUGGAGGAUCUCCAGCUGAUGAAGCUCGAUCGAAGAACCGUUUGAGCAUGGUCAGAUCUGAAGCAUUUCGUUUGGAACUUUCUCAUGGAAUGGAUUGA